AUGUAUAUAAAAGUAAAUCGUGAAAAAAAUCCGCUUUCCGCUCAAGUAUUGCUAGCUACCGCCUUAGUCCAGGUACGCCCGCAUCAUGGUAAUCCAAUCACCGCCAGAGUGUUGAUUGAUCAAGGUUCAGAGCUCUCAUUUAUGAGACAGUCGCUCUUCAAGAAGCUUGGACAACCGCUACAGCGUAACAUGGUCAUGCUCAAGGGCAUUGGCAAUGUCUCCGCAGGAAGCUCACUAGGUGUAAGCACAAUUGAGCUUCGUUCGCUGUGUACGACCGCAUCAAUGCAUGUCAGCAUGCAUAUUCUACCAACACUGACGAUAGAUCUUCCAUCGUUCGUGAUCGCUGAUCCGAAAUGGCCGCAUCUUGAAAAUCUCAAGCUCGCUGACCCGCAGUAUCUACAGCCACGCCCUGUAGAUAUUAUUCUAGGUGCAUCACCAGCCGCACAGAUCAUGAACGCAGAGAUUCAACGAGGAUCUCGCAAUGCUCCUAUUGCACAAUUUACCACGCUUGGUUGGAUUGUCUAUGGAGCUGUCACCGCUAAACACACUUCAACAUCACACGCAGCAUUACAUGCGUCAUUAGAUACAGAAUUACAAGACGCUAUCGCUAAGUUUUGGGAACAGGAAGAGGUUCCAUCAGGUAAUUCACCGCUCAACACCGCUAAAGAAGACGAAUGUGAAAUUCACUUUCGUCAAACGCAUUAUCGACUGCCUGAUGGACGCUACGUAGUGAGAUUACCGCUUAAGGCCCUUGAAAGUCAACUUGGUGACUCUAUCAACGCAGCUAUGGGGUCACUCCGCAGAUUAAUAACUCGCUUGUCGCGAGAAAGAGAAUAUUCUAACAUGUAUCGUGCAUUCAUGGCAGAAUACAUUCAACUAGGACACAUGGUACGAGUACCAGUCAACGAAUUGCCCGCAAACGCUUACUUCUUGCCUCACCAUGGGGUAUUGAAGCUUGAUAGUGCCACUACGAAGCUCCGCACAGUGUUAAAUGGUUCCUGUGCAACAUCUACAGAAAUUUCAUUAAACGACAUUCUCCACGCAGGACCCAAAACGCAAAUUGACAUUUUUGAUGUGAUGUUGAGAAUCCGCUGCAGCAGGUUUCUAUUCGCUACUGACAUCACCAAGAUGUUCAGACAGAUUGAGGUCGACUCGCUUGAUUGGCCGCUUCAGUGCAUUCUCUGGAUAGAUUAG